GGACGUGUGUGGCACGUCUAGUGCCGUUCGCGUCUCGUCGGCAGCGUGCGCGGCGCCCCGGGCGCUUUUGUCGUUUUUGUCGCGCACAAGGCGUGCUGCCGUAAAUACGCGGGCACACUAAGGCAAGGACGUUGCCAGUGUGCUUUGGAGUGCUUGCCUUGGCUCGAUCGCGUCUGCGCGAGGAGACCGGGGCACGGUUGGGCUUUUUGAUUGACGCUAGUGCCUCUAUACGCUGGCGAGGUUUCUCAAGAACCGAUCAUCUGCCUUGUAGUGCGUAAGGGAUCGGCUAGGAACGCUCGCAGGUGCCUCCGAGCUUCGAUGGCGGUGCAGAGGCUCAAGGCUGCAGUGCUUUUGCGGCGAGGCGAGAAGAGCGCCGCUGUCUCGCACAAGUGCACUCAGAGCACGAGUGACAGCACGAGUAAUCGCACAGCUCGACCGCUGCAACGUUGCCGGCAGCUUUGCGCACCCUAGAGCACUGCACAGGUGAUGGACUACCAACUCAAGCGCGUCGCCGGCGCCGUGCACAGCGCGGGCAACGUUUUGUUUGAUGGCGGCGACCGCCUUUUUAGUGCGAUCGGAAAUAGAAUUGCUUGCGUCGAUCUAAGAAGGCAGGCGGCGGAUGCCGUCGGAGACUUCGAAACGCGAAGUGAUAUAGAUAGACUGGCAUUGACAAGUGACGGGUGCCUGCUGUGCGCUGUGGAUGUUGAAGGCAGGUUGAGCUGCGUGCACACUUCUCGGAGGGUUGUGCUGCACCGGUUGCAUCUGGGCGGCCGCUGUGCGGACCUGACGUUCAGUCCCGACGACGGGCUGCUGGCCGUGGCCGUGAAGAACGGUGUCGUACUAUGGCGCGCGCCGGCGCAACGGCGUAGAGAUUUGGCGCCCUUUGCGCGCUUACGGCGCUUCGGGGGCUUUACACGACAAACAACGUGCCUGACCUGGUCCGCGGACGCGCAUUUGUUAGCCUGCGGGUCGGAGGACAACUCCGUGCGCGUGUUUCGCGUGGAAUUGGACGAGGACGAACGGAUCAAGCCCUACGUCCUCGCCGCGCACAAGGCGUCGAUCGUGCGAUGCUUCUUCGUGGGCAGUACCAUAGCGUCCUGCGCGCGGGACUGCGUCGUGGCCUUCUGGGAGCUUGACAAUGGUGUCUCAUUAGCCUCGAAGAAGUUCCUCUGGGAGGAUGCCAAUGAUGGCGAGCAGCGAAGAUAUGAUGGUCGACUCGUCGACGCGGCGGCAUCGUCCACCUUAUUAGCCUGCGCCUUUUCGACGGGCGUGUUUGCCGUGUAUGAUACUUCAGGGAAACACCGCUGUGCCUGCGUCCACCGACUGUCAGUCGCGAGGGGUUCCGUCGACGCCAUAUCGAUCGACUCCACUGGCAGUAGAAUAGCGCUGGCGUCCCAGCGGUUCGGCCAGUUGGUGGUCUGGGACUGGCGCGCCGAGACCUUUGUGCUCAAACAGCAGGGCCACGACCACGCGGCGACGUGCUGCGCGUGGUCGCCGGACGGGCGGCUUUGUAUCAGCGGCGCGGACGAUCGAAGGGUCAAGGUCUGGAGCGACUCCAGCGGAUUUUGCUUCGCGACGUUUUCCGACCACCAGGCGCCGGUCACGGCCGUGGCGUGUGCGAGGAACGUGGUGUUCUCGGCUUCGAGGGACGGGACCGUGCGAGCAUAUGAUCUAAGAAGGUACCGCCAGUUCCGGGUCUUCAAGGCGCCGCCGCCUAGAGCCGCGUCCAACGUCUCGAGCACGUCGGAGCCGGGCGCGCCCCUCGUGUCAUUGACCGUCGACGCGGACGCGGAACUGGUCUGCGCGGGCGGCGACGAGCCGUACGAGGUGUAUGUCUGGUCCGUGCGGUCGGGCCAACUGCUCGACGCGCUCGCGGCGCACGAGGGGCCCGUCUGUGCGUUGGCGCUGGAUCCGAGAGGAGGAGGUGGUUUAGCGUCGGGCAGCUGGGACAAGACUGUUAGAUUGUGGCGCGUCUAUCGGAAUGAAUUAGAAGAAACUUUAGAACACAACGCGGAGGUCUUAUCGGUAGCGUAUCGGAGGGACGGCGGCCAGUUAGUGGUGGCUUGUCUAGAUGGUUCGUUGCGGAUAUGGAACUCGAAGACGGCAAAACUCUUAUAUACCAUUGAUGGGGCGCGUGAUUUAGCGAAAUCAGACCGAUUCUUAGCAAAGCGUCCGAAGCAAGAAGCGCCGCACUUUACCUGUGUAACUUAUUCAGCGGACGGCGAACGCGUAUUGGCCGGCGGGUCGGGGCGGUUCGUCUGCUGCUACCAGGUCCAGCAACAGGUUUUGGUGGCCAAGUUCCGCGUGUCGCAUCGCAGAGAAGAUGCUGAGGAUGAUAGUGACGACGAGGGCGUCAUGGAGCGCGUGAAAGGGGUGAGGCGCGAGUACGCGGACGACGACGACGACGAUUUGGAGGCCUUGCCUGGUUCCACGACCCGAAAGGCGGGAAACGCUUUAUCCAGAGAUGUCUCACGGGUCAACGCCGUGGCCUUCAGCCCGACCGGGAGUAGCUUCUGCGCGUGCACGCCGGGGGCUCUCCUGUUCUACCGCAAGGACGACGCGACGAAUUUCGCGCCCUUUGAUGUGGACGAGGCGGCCACCCCUGAAAGCGCGCGCCGGGCGCUGGCCGAGGGCCAGCCCGCGCGGGCGCUGGCGUUCGCGCUGGCUCUCGGCCACGCGCCGACGCUCGCCGAGGUCGUGGCGGGCAUCUCCCUGGCGUCCGUCGACGUUUGUGUGAGGGGCCUGCCGCCGAACAAGCUGCCUCGAUUACUACGGCACCUGUCGGCCUGUUUAGCCAACGACGAGAACUUCGAGUUCUACGCCAUUUGGCUCCGGAGUCUGCUGCGGAGCGCGCCCGAGGAGGUCCUGCGCGACGAGGCGCCUGCUUUACGGGAAGCGACGCGGAGCUUGUUAUUACACAAGCGGGCGCUGUCCUCGCUGGUGGACGACAACGAGAACGCGCUCGCGUUCCUGCUGUCCGAGAAUAAUGUGUAGUAAUAUUCACGAGCACAUGACU